AAGUGGUCCAAAGGCAAAGUCCGUGACAAGUUGAACAACCACGUUUUGUUUGACAAGCCGACAUACGAGAAGCUGUACAAAGAAGUGCCCCAGUACAAGCUCAUUACUCCCGCUGUCGUAUCUGAGAGGCUGAAGGUUUGAGGAUCCCUUGCGAGGAGAGCACUCAUUGAGCUCAGGGAAAAAGGAUUAAUUAAGCAGGUAGUACAGCACCACAGACAGGUCAUCUACACCCGCGCAACCAAGGGAGAUGACCCAGUAGCAUAA